AAGGUAUAUAAGCGCACCCACGACGCCGCCACCAGCACAGUGGUCAACCCGCGCCUCCACACACACACAACAACAACAAUGGCUGCGACACAGUUCCUCCUGGUGACCCUGGUGGUGGCUGCCAGCGCCGCCCCUCAGCUGGGAGUCGACACUAAUCUGCCACCGACGCCCUACAACUUCGCGUACGGCGUCAAUGUUCCUGAGACGGGCGACGCCAAGGAGCACAAGGAGUCCCUCUCCCCGUCCGGACGGACUGAGGGAGAGUACCGCUGGCUUCAGCCCAACGGACUCUUCAGAGUGGUCCGCUACUAUGUGGAAGGAGACUCGGGUUUCCAGGCUCAGGUAAGUGAGGAGCCCGGUCCAGACAUCACCAACUACUACGUCAACUCCCUCAGCCAGGAGUCAUCAUCAGGGGUUCCCGCGUCUCAGGGCAUCGCUAAGAGUUUCGACGCGGGACAGUCAGCCUUGGGAGCUGCUGUCAAUGUCAUCAGCGCGCCCCAGCCCAGCCUCAGCCGCCCGUCCAACUCCCGACCACCACAAAACUUCCAGGGACAACAACAGAGGUUCAGGAACGAACAGAGCUUCAGCAAUCAAGAGAGUUUUAGCAAACAAGAGAGCUUUAGCAGCCAGCAAAGUUUCAACAGCCAACAGGGAUCCAUCGGCAAUGUUAUUGAUGGAGGAAUCAUAGACGGUGGAAUCAUAGACGGAGGAAUCAUAGACGGUGGCAUCAUAGACGGAGGUUACAUCAACUAAACCUAUUCCGAAGUCGCCUCCAGAUGCUCAUAGUCCUCUACAACUGACUACGCAUGAACCUCAAAUUGACAGUAGGCCUACACAUGACCUCAAGUUGACAGUAGGCCGACAAGUGACCUUCAAAUUGACAGUAGGCCUACACAUGAGGUAUAGAGGAAGACUCAGCAGCCAAGAAAGAACCAAAGGGUCAGGAGUGAGAACGAGGCUGCCAAAGGUGAUGCGAGAUCUGUAUCUUAUGUGGAGACUUUAUUUUACCUAACAAAUUCCUGUCUAUCUAUCGAUAGAUCGCUCAAGUCUAACCUGGAACUGUUGCCUUGCUGGUGCCUCAGGACCACUUUGAAAUGAAGUUAACAAUUUAUAUAAAUGUUUCCAAGAUAACUCAAUUUCAAUUUGUGGAUGUUUAUAUAUAUAUAUAUAUA